GUUAGAUUCGGUGGACACGAUGGUGGUCGCGAUCCCCUAACAAGCUCCCUAGGCCUGCACGUCAAUUGUUGUACUAUUUCCUAUUAGGGAAUUCCAAGGUUCAUCUGGCUGUCUGGGCAAGACCAUUCUCCGAGCGUAACUUUCGUUUCUGUAAUUCCUGAAAUCUUCCCUUCUUUUUAUUUAUUUCUACACAGGGGAUAAUCUCACCUGUUCAAUUCCACUUAGUUGAUUGAUUUCCUUCUUUUAGGUCAUUGGUGUUCUUUUGAAGUAAUCCUCCCGCGCGAUCCGAUUGCGAGUUCUAUGACAUUCAAGUCACAAGAUCUGACCAUGCAUGCGUUGAAAUCACCCGCCGUGGCGGCAUUGCUAUUCUCUCUAGCAUCUGCCGUUCCAAACAUUCGUCCUAGACAGACAGAUAGUGCCCUUGCACCGUGGGUUACCGUUGAUGCAGAUGGAAAGCCGAGUACCGUAACGCCUGUUCUUAGCACAGCCAGCGGAACCACUACUAUAAUAUCAGGCGCACCUCACGAUCUGACUGCUACUGUUUUCACUGAAACCAAUUACGGCAAAGUUUCUACAAGCACUGGCACAGCUCCCAUUGCCACUGCCACUGGCAGCGGUGACGCCGGCUCGUUUCCAAUUUGCCAUAACAAGGAUGGCGCCAAUGCCCCUUGGUGUCAACCAACCGACGGAGCGCCGUUAUACCCAGGCGUUACAUACUAUUUUACUUGGGACCCUACAUAUUUUACAGCCCCGAACACCACUAUCUUAGUUCAAGGGAAUUAUCUCAACGAGACUACCGGAGAAGUCACCGACCAAGCUUUCGAGUCACCUAAGUGGUUGGCCUCUUGGGGCUUCUGGAGCUACACGAUCGAAUCGAGUUUGAUGAAACAUCAGUCCGCCAAGAACAUCACUUUGCAACUUGCCACUACGAAUGCCACCGUGGGAGCCAGCACUAUAAUCAAGGGGCCUAGGGUUCUGGUCACCAAUUACCCCGUGUACCAACCUGAUACCGGCAAAUCUAUUGACAAGACUGCUUUGAUCAUUGCCUUGCCGACUGUAUUUGGGCUAAUUGCGCUCUUCGUUAUUGGAACCUGUGUUUGGAACAGGAAGUCUCGGCAAAUCGGUCUCGGAAACAUCAUGUCGCGCGGCAGACGCGGAUAUGGUAUUGGCAAAAGCUCACGUUCUCGAAUGGGAUUCGGCAAGGACAAGGCCAAUGAGCGCAUCCAAUUGAUGGAGCGAGAGGUUGUGGCCAACGGCGGCGAAGUUUAUCAUGACGUACCGGAGCUUCCUCGACGAGACAGCGAUGCCCUGGGUAGCUUAGCUGGUACACCGACCGAGGACCGACGUAUGGAUUUCAACAGGCCUGGUUCUCGAGACCAGCGAGAUCGCUCUCGACCAUCCCGAAAUGUGUUCCAGGAUGAAUUGAGAAGACAGCAAAAUGAGAGGAUCUAAUUAAACGAAGGGUAUUGGAAAGACGGGUGAAGGAUCGUAAUGCGGCAACCACUCAGGUCGUGGAAUGAGAAUUGUGCAUGUCCAACGUUGGUAGCAAUGGGUUUAUGUCGUAUACGCACACCAAAUUGGUUCUGGUUAUGAAUGUAAACCAUAGAAGGGGGGUGGAUGUUUAACGACUCAUAGCGGACGUUUAAAAGGGAAGCAAGCAUAAUGAAAUAAUG